GUGUCGAAUUGAGAAACGCGUUCUCGGGCGUUACGCGUUGCAGUGUGAGUAGAUGAGAUGAUCAUGAAGUCUCUUGAUCGAUUAGUUUGUCAUUUGUUCUUCGCAGUUUUGGUCGCGUGGAGUUGAACAGUUUUCAAAAUAAAUUAAUUUUUCAGGUUGACGUAUCAUCACAUCAGCUUAUGACAAUUUUCAUGGGUCGCAGCAACGAAUACUGAUAUCGUUUAUUGAAUACCAAACUUGAUAACAAAACGGUUUUAUUUCCAGCCAGAUAAGAACCGCCGGCUAGCGGCUCUCGUCAGUCAUUCUGCUCGAAAACUAUACCUACUAAGAACCCAUCGUAUACACUCUGUUUACAAUGGUUCCCAGUCGCAGUAAAAGGCCAUCAAUACUACUACUAAUCGCAUCCAUCAUCGUCAUCGCGCUGUCCGAUGUGGUGAACUCAGCAAAAAUACUAUGUUUGUUCCCAACUGGUAGCAAAUCACACGUACUGGGACCACAGACGCUGCUGAAACAUUUAGCCAGCCGAGGGCAUGAGGUCACGAUGGUUAGUGCGUUUCCACUAUCGAAACCGGUAAAAAACUAUCGAGAUGUGUACGUGCCCAUCCAGAGCGGAUUCGAUACCAUGAUGUCGAAAUUUAUGCAAGGCGGCAGUCGGAAUAUGUUCAGAAUGAUGCCGGUCGUAGCUAAAAUAUCAAUGGAUUACAACAACGACACGUUAAAUUCGCCCCAGUUCCAACAGCUGGUUCGAGAGGAACGUUUCGAUCUGGCCAUCUUAGGAUACUUCAUGAACGGAUUCAUUGUCGGAGUAGGGUCACUGCUGAAGUGUCCAGUUGUCAUGUACAUCUCAGCUGGAUUUAACCAGGUCGUAAAUUUUGUCGGGAAUCCUCAGGAAAUCGCAUCCGUUCCGCAUCUGUUUCUUGGAAAUAAAAACCCGAUGACUUUCAUGGAUCUGGUGAAAAAUACUCUGUUAAGCGUUUUUGAAGCAGGUUUUAUAACGUACAUAGAAAGUGUAACUAAAUCGUACUACUAUUACAAUUUCCCCACUGAGAAGGGAUUUCCAACGUAUGAGGAAGCGAAGCUGAACAUAUCACUAAUGCUGUGCAACGCGUACUUCACACAAACCGUCCCGAGGCCAAUGCUACCGAACGUGAUCGAAGUCGGAGGUUUGCAGAUAAAAUCCAAACCCGAUCCACUUCCGCAGGACAUCCAAGCAUGGCUGGAUGGCGCGGACGAACAUGGAGUAAUUUUCCUGAGUUUCGGCUCGAACCUCAAAAGUUCUUCGCUUCGGGAGGACAAAUUCGAGGCGAUUAUUGGCAGUCUUGGGAAAUUGAAACAACGCGUGAUCUGGAAGUGGGACACAGACCAGAUGCCAAGGAAACCCGCGAACGUGUUGAUUGGCAAGUGGCUGCCACAGGAUGACAUUCUGGCCCAUAGGAACCUGAAGCUAUUUAUCACCCACGGAGGGCUGGGAAGUAUAACAGAAUCCAUGUACCACGGAGUACCGAUCGUUGGAAUUCCCAUGUUCGGCGAUCAAGACCACAACGUGGCCCAAGUCGUGGAGGAGGGUUGGGGUGAAUCAGUUUCAUUUGAUAAUCUAACUGAGUCAGCAUUGACGGGCGCUAUCGAGCGAGUGUUGGGUAGUGAGAGGUAUACUCAAAAAAUCCAGAAUAUGGCAACGCUAUACAAGGAUAGACCGCAAAGUGCGCUGGAUUUGGCAACAUUCUGGGUGGAGUAUGUGGUGCGUCAUAAGGGCGCAAGACAUUUGCACUAUCAGGGUGCUGAUUUGAAUCGCUGGCAGCGAAGUUUGCUGGAUGUGCUGGUGUUCUUGGUGGCAGUGCCGUUUGUGGUUUUCAAGAUAUUGGGCGUAUUGCUCAGAAAAUUGAAAAAACAAAAACAGAAAGCUGCAGACGCUAACCGUGUCUCGAAAUUAAAAAAGAAGUAUUAAGAUAUAAUUGUAUUUUUUUUUUCACACUAGGCUAAACUAACUCAGUGCUUGAGUUUGGCAUUUAUUUUUAUUAAAAAUUGAAUCACA